AUGGGCACCGGAAUUGUUUCCAUUUUACUUCACUCAUUCUCUACUUUCUCUCCAGGCCACUCUGGGUCACUCCGUGCACUCAGCAUUGCGUUCUUCGUCUUGAACAUCCUAUUUUUCAUUCUUAUAUCUGUAACGACACUGCUUCGAUACGUCUUAUAUCCAGCAACUUGGAAUCUUAUGCUCCGCCAUCCCGUCCAAUCACUCUUCCUUGGCGCUUUGCCUAUGGGCUUUGCCACGAUUGUGAACAUGUUCACGCUCGUCUGCGUACCCGCUUGGGGAGGAUCAAGUAUUCAGGUUGCAUGGGCAAUGUGGUGGAUCGACGCUGUGGUGAGCGUGGCAUGCUGUUUUGGAUUGCCAUUCCAAAUGAUGACGAAGCACAAAAAUGCCUACGAGACCAUGACUGCGGCUUGGCUCCUCCCUAUUGUCGCCCCAAUUGUGGCUGUGGCCUCUGGGGCAGUUGUUGCCUCCGUCUUGCCAAAUCCGGAACAUGCAUUGUCGACGAUAACCACCAGUUAUGUUUUAUGGGGAACAGGCGUGCCGCUGGCUUUCGUCGUGCUGGUGAUUUACUUCCACCGCCUGGCCCUUGGAUCCAUGGCUGUGAAUAUCUUCCUCAAGACAAAUACGCGGCAUCCAUCAUCUGGUGAGAUCCUCUAUGUGCUCGGGUUUGGGGUUGCAAUCAUCUUGUGGGGCUUUGGUCUCGUCUGGCUAUUUUUUGCCCUGUCUUCAAUCAGUCGUUCCAAAUUCCCGUUCAACAUGGGAUGGUGGAGUUUUACUUUCCCUAUUGGAGUGUUCGCUAUGUCGACUUUGACCAUCGGAGAAGAGCUUCCAUCGAGCUUCUUCAGGGCUUUAGGAACUACUUUCGGGGUAAGUGUCAUGCAACUCUGGCUCGUGGUUGGGGUUAGUACCGGUCGCAAAGUUCUCUACGGUAGUAUGAUCGAAGCUCCGUGUCUGAGAGAAAUGGAGAAGGCGAGCAUAGCUACACGAAGGGAGAAACAAGAUCCAUAG